AUGGACGACAUGCUAACAGGAGUCAAUAGUGUAGAGGAAGGGCAGAAACUCAGUGACCAAUUAUUGAAUUUACUUCAAUCUGCUGGUCUUUGUCUUCGUAAAUGGACAUCUAACUGCUCCGAACUACUAGAAAAAAUUCCCGUUGAUCUUCGGGAUGAUCGAACUGUUUAUGAUCUUGAUUCGCCAACAUCAUGCAUCAAAACAUUGGGUCUGAAAUGGCAACCAACAACCGACAAUUUUCUCUUCGAAACACCUGAGUACAGCAAUCAUGACAAUCCAGUUACGAAACGCAUUGCUGUAUCAGACUCGGCAAAACUUUUCGAUCCUUUAGGAUUGGUCGGUCCUGUGAUAGUGGCAGCUAAAAUGUAUCUUCAAGAGCUUUGGCGCAAUGAAACGUCUUGGGAUGAACCUCUCAACCCACCACUACAGAAACAGUGGAGAGAUUUUCGUAAAAAUCUUGCAGAACUUAAUAACAUAAGUAUCCAACGUUGGGUUCUUUCUCACACGCCUGUAAAACAAAUACAGCUACACGGAUUUUGCGAUGCGUCUGAAAAGGCGUACGGCGCUUGUAUUUACAUCAGAUCUGUAUCCAGCGAUGAUACAGUUACAGUGAAUUUACUAACGGCUAAAUCUAAAGUAGCUCCUCUGGCAACUUCGCGUAAACAAAAACGAGUUUGUUUACCUCGUUUAGAGCUAUCAGCCGCAUUACUCUUGGCACAUCUGUAUGAAAAGGUUUCCGGUGCCUUGAAAAUUGAAAUAAAACCAUAUUUUUGGUCAGAUUCAAGUAUUGUCCUACACUGGUUGGCAGCAAACCCAUCGCGCUGGAAAACUUUCGUUGCGAAUCGUGUAUCGGAAAUACAACAUCUCACUGCAAAUGGAAAAUGGAAUCACGUACCCGGUAUAGAAAAUCCAGCAGAUAUAAUUUCUCGCGGAAUGGAUCCAGCACAGCUACAGCAUGCCACAUUAUGGUGGAACGGCCCGAAUUGGCUAAAUGAAGAACCUCUGAUUUUCCCUACAAAGGUUGCAAGUAAGGUUGAACUACCUAAGGAAGAUCUCGAAGAAAGAGUUACGUUGGCAGCUCAUUCUAUUGAACCGAGUUUCAUUUUUAAACUGCGUUCGUCAUUCGGCGAUUUGAAAAGACUUGUAGCAUGGAUACUCAGAUUUGCUCACAACGCAAAACUCAAAAAUCGUGAUCAACGACGAUAUACGCAUCUGACCACUGAAGAACUAAACGAUUCAAUCAAGUGUCUCGUCCGUCUUGCACAACAUGAAAGUCGUUAAAUCCAUACAUCGAAGCCGGCAUACUGCGAGUAGGUGGCAGGCUACGUCAUGCAGAAGUAUCUAACGAUCGACGACAUCCUAUGAUACUUCCAUCCAAUCAUCCCCUCACCGACAUGAUUGCAAUGUUCGUUCAUCUGAAAAUGUUGCAUGCCAGCCCUCAAUUUCUGACCACGAGCCUGCGCGAAAGGUUUUGGCCUUUGCGAGUCAGAAAUUUAGCCCGAAAGACAGUGCACUCAUGUUUGCAAUGUUUCCGCUGUCGACCAACAUCGCUUCAACAAAUUAUGGGCGACUUACCAAUGGAACGCGUGUCUCCAGCCUUACCAUUCGUCCGCACUGGAGUGGAUCUAUGCGGCCCGAUAGCAUACCGCUAUCCCCAUAGAAAAUCGCAGCCGCUAAAAGGAUACGUGGUCAUUUUUGUAUGCAUGGUCGUGAAAGCGGUGCACAUCGAUCUUGUUACAGACUUGACCACAGACGCCUUUAUUGCGGCCCUACGCAGAUUCAUCGCGCGCAGAGGUAAGCCUUCAUUAAUUGAAUGUGACAACGCUAAGAAUUUUGUAGGCGCAUCGAAAGAAUUGGCUGUCCUAGCUCAGCAAUUCAAGGAUCAGGCAUGGCAAGGCGACAUAACUCGGAAGUGCAGCGAUGAAGGCAUCGAAUUUAAGUUCAUCCCCCCUCGUUCUCCGAAUUUUGGCGGCCUAUGGGAGGCGGCUGUCAAAUCCUUCAAAAAUCAUCUUAGGCCUACGAUGGGAAACGCGUUGCUGACCUACGAGCAGCUCACCACGCUUCUAACGCAGAUCGAGAGUUGCAUGAAUUCUCGACCGUUGACUCAACUAUCAACCGAUCCAGCUGAUCUUGACGUUUUGACGCCGGGACAUUUCCUGAUCCAUCGUCCGCUUUCUGCCUUGGCCGAACCAUCCCUGGAAGCGGUUCCAAUCAACCAGCUGAAUCAAUGGCAGGAAGUACAAGAAUAUCUUCGAAGGCUGUGGAAACGUUGGAGUACUGAGUAUUUGUCCGGUCUACAACCACGGACAAAGUGGACCCGUCAACGCAACAACAUCUCCGUCGGAACAAUGGUGCUUGUGAAAGACGAUGGUUUACCACCCCUGAAAUGGUGUUAUGGUAGAAUAGUUGAGAUUUUUCCGGGAAGUGAUGGGAACAUAAGAGUAGUUACCGUCAAAACGAAAGAUGGUUUGUACAAGCGCGGAAUAUCAAAAAUCUGUAUUUUGCCUGUAACCGAAAACAAUUCUGUUGAAUUCAAUAAUUCAACCGGGGGGGAGUAUGUCGAAGCAAAAGAAUACGAUGCUAGGAACUAGGGGCGCCAGAUGGUGUGAGCGAAGCGAAAACAAUACCGAGAACUCUGUAUUUGCUUUGUAAAACAAAAGACAAUUGUCUGCGCUAAGGCACGUGCGCGCUUUUGGUGGCCGAUCGGCCUUUCUUAGAAUUUCAUAGGUUAAGCGACAAACCAGAGAAGUUUGCUAUCAUGAGCGUAUGAAAUAAAAGGUGAGUCCAUCUUUAGCACUCGACGCGAUCGGUCAAAAUAAAAGAAUUUUCACAGCAGUCCAA